CCAAUCCAAUAGAAACAAGGGUUCGCUCUGCUGCUGGCCUACAAGCAAGGUAAGUAGGUCCAUUACCGGCCGGCUCCGGCCCGAAAAGACCUAACGGAGUCAUCCCUUAUCUCGGAUCGGAGAUGCUAACGGGGCAGGAAUCGAAGUGUGGGGGACCUCUCUACCGCCUCUGUCUAUCUUUCCUUCCUGUCAAGUAUGCUCCCCAGACAUAGACUACGUACAGGGAAGUACUCUUGGAAAGAUAGAAUCUCACCCGUGAACAUCACAUUCAGUUACGAAUGUCACUCCCGAGGGAUCGACCACUAUUCUCAAUAUAGUAAGGCGGGGAACUCUUGUUCAUUGGAGCGCCGGAGUGCGGAGGUUGUUCCCAUCAUUGAAGUCAGGGGUGGGACUGAGCCUUCCGAAUGAGAAAGACAAAAAAGUGCUUCGUUUCGUUGGAAAAACCAACGCAAAUAUCAUAUUGACUUUCUCUCGCCCUGCUUUCUAAGGAUAGAUAGUUUAGGUGGGAGAGAGUGAAUGAAAUUCUCUCCUUUCCAAAGCUGCGCAAGGCGGCCCCCCCAGAACAAAGCCCCGCCCCUCUUUUCCCCUUUGAAUGAAAGACCCCCGCCUCGCUUCCUAUUCAUUUCUGGGUCUGGACCCGAGGGCCUUUUUUUCUCAAGAGGUGAAUUUCGAAACAAAACUCGAGCGAAGGGAAUGAAAGCUUUGAUGCUGCUAGUUGAGGCAUUCCGCCGGGAAGGAGGUUGAAGUUUUUCUCCCACAUAUAGCUGUCAAAGCUAAGAAAGAAGAUCCGUUUUCUUACGAGAAUUCGAAACAAACAGUGUCCCUCUGCUUUAGCCUGGGAGUGACGUCGCCAGGAAGAUAUGAACACCUAGUUGUGCUAAAGAAUCGGAUUACAGACCUAUUCUAUAUAAUGACUAGGUAGUUCAUCAUUCCCAAAAUAUGAAUGAAAUGAGAAAAACGGGUGACGCAUUUGACCUGUCUUGAAGGAGAUUUCCACGCACAUUGUGAUCAGAUGAACUUGCUCGAUUGCGAUAGAGCACUCGGGGGACGCUGAGCACAAACACACAAUCUCCACGAAAACAGCUGAGUUUUGAUCAUCAUUUGAUUUUCAUCAACAUUUCACAGAAGUCAACGAUCUAUUAAACAAGAAUGGUCUACCUACUGCUGAGUCUACUCGACAAGAAAGCAUCGGCAAAAUAGGGGGGAAGCUAAGAUACGAAUUCACGCACCUUUGCGCCCUCUUUCACCGAAGAGGAAAGAAGAAUCUUCCAAGCGGACAGAGACCUCCAUUUCCAUUAGAUGAUUCAUUCCUAAGCUUGCUUUGUUGCAGCAAGAUGAUCAGUCCGGGAGUGCUGGAGAGAAUAUAAAGCGGUCAAAACCUCUCUUCUUCGGUCACCGAGCAGUAGCAGUCGGACGACUCUUCACCCUUCGACGCUUCUUUUGCUGUAUAACCCCCUCCAUCCUUCGGAGGUGAAAGAAAGGUCUAAAUAGUUGAUAUAGUAGGGCCCCAGAACGCUCAAAAGGUGGGGGAACAAGAGUUGUCAUGAUAGAGAAAAAAGAAAUGACUAUAAGGAACCAACGAUUCUCUCUUCUUAAACAACCUAUAUCCUCCACACUGAAUCAGCAUUUGAUAGAUUAUCCAACCCCGAGCAAUCUUAGUUAUUGGUGGGGGUUCGGUUCGUUAGCUGGUAUUUGUUUAGUCAUUCAGAUAGUGACUGGAAUUUUUUUAGCUAUGCAUUACACACCUCAUGUGGAUCUAGCUUUCAACAGCGUAGAACACAUUAUGAGAGAUGUUGAAGGGGGUUGGCUGCUCCGUUAUAUGCAUGCUAAUGGGGCAAGUAUGUUUCUCAUUGUGGUUCACCUUCAUCUUUUUCGUGGUCUAUAUCAUGCGAGUUAUAGCAGUCCUAGGGAAUUUGUUCGGUGUAUCGGAGUUGUAAUCUUUCUAUUAAUGAUUGUGACAGCUUUUAUAGGAUACGUACCACCUUGGGGUCAGAUGAGCUUUUGGGGAGCUACAGUAAUUACAAGCUUAGCUAGCGCCAUACCUCACGUAGGAGAUACCAUAGUGACUUGGCUUUGGGGCGGUUUCUCCGUGGACAAUGCCACCUUAAAUCGUUUUUUUAGUCUUCAUCAUUUACUCCCCUUUAUUUUAGCGGGCGCCAGUAUUCUUCAUCUGGCCGCAUUGCAUCAAUAUGGAUCAAAUAAUCCAUUGGGUGUGCAUGCAGAGAUGGAUAAAAUCUCUUUUUACCCUUAUUUUUAUGUAAAAGAUCUAGUAGGUUGGGUAGCUUCUUCUAUCUUUUUUUCCAUUUGGAUUUUUUAUGCUCCUAAUGUUUUGGGGCAUCCCGACAAUUAUAUACCUGCUAAUCCGAUGCCCACCCCGCCUCAUAUUGUGCCGGAAUGGUAUUUCCUACCGAUCCAUGCCAUUCUUCGUAGUAUACCUGACAAAUCGGGAGGUGUAGCCGCAAUAGCACCAGUUUUUAUAUGUCUGUUGGCUUUACCUUUUUUGAAAAGUAUAUAUGUACGUAGUUCAAGUUUUCGCCCGAUUCACCAAGGAAUAUUUUGGUUGCUUUUGGCGGAUCGCUUACUACUAGGUUGGAUCGGAUGUCAACCUGUGGAAGCACCAUUUGUGACUAUUGGACAAAUAUCUCCUGUUGUUUUCUUCUUGUUCUUUGCCAUAAUGCCCAUUCCGGGACGAGUUGGAAGAGGAAUUCCUAAUUCUUACACCGAUGAGACGGAUCACACCUGAUCAGUGAAAAAUUAUUACACCAAGAAUUUACGAGUGAGUAUUACACCAAGAAUUUACAAGCUUAUGAGUCCCUCUUUUCACAUUCCAAGCUCUCAUUUCUAAACUUACGCCCAGGAAGCUUGAUCCAAAGCAGUGCUGAUUCACUUCUGUACUUUCUCGUCAAGAGCGGAGCGAGAUGCCCAGCUUUGCUUGUUUUGUUACGCUGGGUGGAACUCGUGCCUUCAGAAUUGAAAAAUGGAAUAGAUAGAGUAAUAUGCCACUGGCUUGGAACAUAGGGACAGGACAUUCAGUAGAUAGAAAGUCAUUAUUGUACUAUAAGAGUGUGGCAAGGUAGCAUAGCCUCGUUCGUGGCCUGGGCCUAAGGGAUAUGCAUGUAGUUGUCUAGCCAGAUCCGCGCUUGGUGAUGCGAUUUACAGAGAGUUUACACCUGUUCUAGUUACAAGCAAGAGUGGAAAUCAAAUCACUGUCUCAAAGACAAGUCCACCUUCACUCGAUACGAUACUUGAACCUAAAAUGCAUAAGCGCUCGUGAAAACUAUGAAUAAGAAAGAGCAAUCUUUCAUAUUUCCUAAUAGGUCAAAAUACCAUUAGAAGAAAAGAAGACAGUUAAGUGGCUAGUAUCACCCUUAAGGGCUUUAGCCGAUGUCUCUUUUUGAAAAACUUUAGUCGAAUAUAGAUGUGAAACCUAAGAAAUUGAGGAAGAAGCUUGCUUUGUUUGCUUUAUUGUUGCCUAUAACUAAGUCCGAAGGCUGCAGAUUGGACUGCUUCUCAGAGCAGAAAGUGAAUCAGGCAAGCCCUAUUGCUAAUUUCAUUUGAGUCGUAUUGCUUUGAACCCUCACUCGGGUCUUCUAAUUCCUUAGAAUAUGCAAGUUAGUGGAAAUCCAGAGCGUUGAGCAAGAGCAAGAAUGGGUUGUAGCAUUUACUAAAGGAUGAAAGUGGUCAGGUCACUUAUAGAGCCGGAAGAGAUAGGCGGCAGGGCAACUCAACGUUCAAUGGAUCUUGGCGCUUUGCUUUCUUUUU